AACUGAAUAGCCUGAGAAAAACUCUCUGGAUCCGAUACGUAUUCUGCUGGGGUCGUCGUCGGGUUAGAGAGGGAUCCUUGGUCCCACAAUCCUCCCCAAGUUCAGAGAAAUCGUCUCUCGACGAGUUAUUGCCUGAAAAGUCAAGUUUACCUAUUCCUGCGGAGAUCAAAGAUUUUCAGCGCCUUCCCGGAUACCAAUACCCUGCCAUCGAGAUAUUCGAAACGAAAGAGGAAGCACAUGCGCAAUGGUCUCGAAGGGACUUGGGGGUUGGAGAGUUGCCGGAUGGUGCUAAUGGUAUCGAGCCAUCUAAUUCAACGCAUAAUGGGUAUUUGCGGUAG